AUUAUGUUGUAAUAAAAUAUCCAAAUAAUAUUCUUCAUUGGCCAAACAUCGUCGGUUUCUUAUUCGCUUUAUUACAUAACUCCGGAAAGUCAUCAAGGGUCCAUUUUCAGAUCUCUGAUUUCUCAGCAAGACGGUGUCAGACGCCAAGCACAUACAUGUGAGUUGACAAGAUCAAGGGGAGACUGUUAUUCAAGACCGCACUUAGACCUUGAAGCAAACCACAGAUCCCCGUCAGAUCUAAUACCCUUGAUCUGGUAGCACCCGUUAUUCAUUCAAACAAUCACUAUUACUUUAGGUACCGUCACUCACGUCUCUUUUACGGCUUCGGCGCCUAAUCAUACCUCAUGGUUGUGCCAAAGGCUUGCCAUAACUGCCGGAGCCGACGCUUACGAUGUGACCGAUCUGUCCCCGUGUGCCAUAAAUGUACGAGCACCGGACAAAAAUGCCUUGGAUACGGAAAGCUGUAUAAAUGGGUUGACAAUAAGACGCCGGGAGACCGAAUAUCCGCAAAGUCUUCGGUCUACUCCACCCCUAAAACUCGGGAGCAUGUCAAGUUCCAACCGGACGAUCCGGCAUACGAUGACCAAUAUGUGGUAUUCCCUCAACAUACUAGACUCUGUUCUCCCAAUUUCACAUUGUUAGAUCCACUGUUCCAAGACUUAAACACAUCAUCACGACAUUAUCUUAAUUAUUACACUACCCGUUUCUGUCAAGAUCUCAUUAUUUAUGAUUCGCCCCGUCGUGGUGCCAAUCCAUUUAGAGAUCUAAUUCCCAUAUCUCACAAGUAUCCCUUUCUUCGGGAAAUCAUCAUUGCGGCAUCCGCCUUACACUUCUGCAAUGCUGCACGAUGGCACAAAAGCCCGCGGCCCGCAGCCGACUCCCUAGUAGAUGCCUUACAUGCGCGGCAUAGAGCUAUUAAAUCCUUACAAGAUGUCAUAGAGCAUCGUAAGGCUUUUGGCGACAUUCAGAACGAUGAUGCAGGUAGAGACGCACUGCUCGCUGCUGUGCUCUUUUUCGUCAACUUUGCGCUGGUUGAUUCGGGGAAGGGUGGCUGGCGAGCUCACAUGAACUUCGUCGGUACACUCCUUCGCAUGCGGACAUCUAGUCCUUCAAACCCAAUAGAAUUAGGACCAAAGCUAGAAGAAGAUCCUGGCUUUAGUCCAGAUUUUACGGCGUAUGAUGCGCUUAUUCCGCUACCAUUCGUGCAUCGUCCUGCGACGUCCUCCCAGCCCCUAAGCAUUCGUGAUUACAUUGCUUCAGACUCUAUAGCUUAUUAUAUCUGGAGUAGUGCACUUGACUCUCUUGUACCAUCUAACAAUAACUUCGUAACGGUACCCUCGGCAUUUGAUGGGGAUGAUAUUGAAAUCUUUCGUAUCCUUCUCCGCACCGAGGCCAACAGUUAUCAUAGCUGCCCUUCCAGUUUGCUGUACGCCAUUUAUCGAACAUCGCAGCUAGCAAGGAAUAUCAGAUCAAACGAGACCAGUGUUUUGAGUGACAAGCAGAUGCAAUCUUGUCUUUCACUUUUAGAUCAGGUUCAAGCUUUCGAUAGCGACGCUUGGGCUGUUAAAGUAUGUGCGCAGAUUGCAGCAGUUGUCGGUUAUGCAGACGAGACUGAGCUACACCAUCGAAGACACAUCGCUGCUACUUACCGCGCUGCUGUCUUCCUAUAUAUCCUCUUAGUUGCUCCAGAACUACCACACCAAAGUCCCCACCGCGAGGGUAAAAGCUUUCCCGCCCUGUCUAGUACCGCUGACCUAGCUACUACAAUUCUGCAUCACCUUUCCUUCGUCCCAUCCCAUACUCCUCUAUUUAAAUUCGCUACCUGGCCUAUAUUCCUUACCGGUGUGGAAACGGCGGAUGAGUCUCGUAGGACAUGGGUGAUCGAUCGACUACGUGAUAUGAGGGACGUCUGUCCUUGGGGGAUGCUUACAUCGACGAUGGAAACUCUUGUGGAAAUAUGGCGGAUGAGAGAUAGUUCAUUAGCGACUAGGGGGUUAGUGACAGAUGAAUGUGCUCUAGGCGGGAAGUUCAUCAGCACACUGGAUCAAAAUGUCAAUAGCCACUGGCUAAUGCAACUACAAGGCUUCAAGAUCGAUUGCUUGAUUGUAUGAAGUCGGAUGCUCGCGCUCAGUGGUAUAAGCGCCGAGUUGGGGUUAUGACUUCUUACCCCUUACGAGGCAUGGGUAUAGAACAGAUGUUCUACUAUGAUCCAGAUAGCCAGUCAGCCUUUGGAACUCGUCAUGACACUAAUACACGAGAGCCUUAUAUGUAAUAGUAAGGAUGUAUAGAUCAGUUUAGUUCUGCUAUGCGCUUUCUCACAAGCACGAGGCCAUAUCUCCUCGGGGAGCUCCGAAUUCUCUUGAAUUUUGCAGCUUAACUCCUUAGCCUUUCCGUUGAAACUUCUACACAGCGAUCUAUGCUUGACGGUAGUCUCCCCAGUUGUUGACAGAAGCUUAAGUCUUUAGGGUAGCCACAUAGCCGUCAGUUAAGCACGGCGCCAAGCAUUUACAUUUCCUUGGCAUUGGCUUCAUUGUGCUUAGCUGCUUCUUAUCACAGCCUUCAUUUUCUCUCGCUAAAGUUGAGGAUGAAUAUAGAAUGGUGUAUUGGAGUUGAGAGCAUAAUUAUAUCUAAUAAUUCAAAAGUAGUAAGUUAUUGGCAUGUACAAGUAAAAGAGGUAAGCAUCAAAGUUCAAAGUGAUUCAUUGUUAGGUAAAUAUAUGGUGGUUACCGAAGGUCAAUACAGUAUCUUAUCAAAUU